AUGGCUAAUCCUGACACAGGCAGCAGCGGCGAGCAAUCAGCACUCACAGCCCAGAACAUAAUGGAAACCUGCCUGGCUGCCUGUCUGGCUGUCUGUGUGGAUGACUGGCAGGCCAGCUCCUUAUCUGGAUGCUGUGGCUCAGCUGAGGACAUCCUCCCGCACGGCCCAGUGGACGCGGUGCUGUCUCGGGAGAUCGUCCUGACAACGCUGCUUAACAAUCCGGAGUAUGCUUUUAUCAUCUGGAACUUUAACAAUGGAGAGGAGCAGAUUCACGUGGCCACCAUGGGAAAAGCAGGGUUGACGGUGAACAAACCUUACGAAAAUCGCGUGACCAUAAAUGCGACCAACGGCUUCCUGACCCUAAAGUCUCUGACGUUAAUGGACAGCGGAGACUAUAGCAUCACCAUUGUGGACCUUAAAGGAAUCACGAAAACAGGCGAGAUCCAACUGCAAGUCCUGAAGCCGGUGUCUGACGUCAUCAUUAAGUCAAACUUGCCCGAGGCCGUCGAACACAACAGCACUGUAGUCCUCACCUGCUCGGCUCAGGGCUCCUUCCUCAGCUUUACCUGGAUCAAUGGCUCCACCCCCAUCGUCGCUGAUAGCAAACGACUCACGCUUAAAAACGAGGAGACGACCAGCACGCUGACCAUUGCAGGUGUUCUCAGGUCGGAUCUGAUUGGUCCAAUCUUCUGCACUGCUGCUAACAAACUGGAGACAGAGAAAAGCCCCGCCUUCAACCUUACAGUCCACUAUGGUCCAGACAAUGUGAUCAUCUCUCCUGCCACACCGCCUCAGUUCAUCAGGGCGGGCUCUAACUUCAGUCUGGCGUGCUCUGCCCUCUCGUCUCCACCUGCCACCUUCAGCUGGUUCCAGAACCAAAAGGCGCUGGAGGUUUCGGGACCCGUUCUCUCUCUGGAGGCGAUUGAAAAGCUGGGCUCAGUGAAGAAGGAUAACUACACCUGCAGGGCACAGAAUUCCAAGACCCAGCGCAGUGUCCCGUCUCCCGCUGUGUCCUUUGCUGUGAUGAAGGCCAUCUCUGGCACUAAAAUCACCGGUCCGACCGGGACACUCAUCGCUGGCAACAGCACAGCCAACCUGAGCUGCCAGGCAAUGGCCGGCACUGUGAAGACCACGACCUGGCUGAAAGACGGCAAACCUGUGUCCACCAGCUCCCGCCUGGUGUUCGCAGCUGACAUGAGCUCCAUGAUGAUCAACCUGCUGCAGAAAGAGGACAGCGGACAGUACACGUGUCAGCUCACCAACGCUGUCAACACUGACCAAGCCUCGUUCAAGGUGGAGGUCAACUAUGGUCCUGAACCAGCGAUGGUGAAAGGCGAAGAGGCUGUGGAGGUGAAAGACACUGUUACUCUCACUUGCUCUGCAAUGUCCUACCCAACUGCCAACUUCACCUGGAAGUUUAAUGGCACAGCGACCGAAGUGAAAACUGCACAGUACAUCAUCGGGGAGGCCUCAUACAAGAACACUGGAACGUACACAUGUGAGGCACACAACGCUGUCACCGGGAAGACCGUCACAUAUAGCCACAAGCUGUCCGUCAAAGAGGAGGGAGCGUUGGAUGAAGGUCUCUCAGAUGGCGCCAUCGCUGGAAUCAUCAUCGGCGUCCUUGUCGGUCUUGCUGCCGCGAUUGGAUUGAUCAUAUACUGUCGACAGAAAGUUCCGGUUGAAUCUCCGUAUUAAAGAUGCAGAUGCAGGCUGAAGAUUCGGCCACAAACAUCUGAUCAUUUUGUUUCCCAUGAUCCACCUGUGCAGCUGGGAGGCGUGUCCUCAUAGACCCAGCCGGUUUCCUGUGAAGUUCCCGUCAAACCAGUUUUCCCAUCACCCUCCUCUUACCCUCUGUUGUCGACAGUAAAAACUUGACCUUUUAUUUUAAUGUUUUGUUAAAACUCAGUCGAUGAUUCUGUGUUUGAAUCUUCACUGUUAAUUAUAUGUUUUUUACCUUCACCUUCAUCACAAAUAUCACUCGAUCAUCACCCCUCCCCCACCUUGUCUGGUUCAGCGCCUCCUUCAGGAAACUGAAACACAGACAGAGACGUUCCCUUUGGCGCACACACAAACACAGGCACGCAUGCACCCACACACACACACUGUCAGGCCACACACAGACAUUCUGUGGUUUGAUUUAUCACUAUCACUGAUCUCUAGUUUUCUAACUCACUCCUUCGUUCCAAACUUGUCAACAAUUUAGUUUUUUCAAAACAAACCAACCUUUAUGAACACAUCAUUCUUGUCUCCUCUUGUUCAUAAACAUCUCAUGAAAAAAACAUUGGCAUCAAAUAUAUUCAGACCGUGGCAUCAAUAAUUAAUAAUGAUAAACAAGAUAUCCUAAUACGAGAUAAUAACCAAUGAUAAUGAAAAUUUUUUUUUGAUUAAAAAAGACUAUGACAUAAAAAUAUCAUGACAAAAACAGAUAAAUAAUAAUAAACUGAUAUUUACUGAUGAAAUUAUGUAAAAGAUUCAUAAUUAAUAAUAUCAUACAAUUAAUUUUGAAAUGUCAGUUAUGUCAUUAAUAUUAUUAUUUAAAACAAAAACGUUUUUGAAAAUAAAUAUAUAACAAUAUUAUCAUGAAAAUAUUUCACUCGACUUCUGAGCAGAAAGAACAUUUUUGAAGUUCAUAUUAUCAUGAUAAUAUUGUACGUGAAGAUUUGAUGACAUUGUCAUGUCUCCUCACUAAACAGUUAAAAGUAAAAAAGCAGAACAACAGAAGAAUUUUAUUUAAUUCAUUUUAUAAAGACACAGCAGAAGAGAAACAAACUGUAAAAAAAACCAGUUAAAAGUAAGUGAAAAUGACUUCAUUAAAUAAAGAGGCGUGUCUCUCGCUGAUCUCUCAACUGUGACUCUGGUUUAAUUCAUCUCGAUGGUUCAGCAUCGUCUUCACUUUUUGAAUCAUCGGUGGAGAUGAGCUUGGACGUGCACUGACAAGUCAGCAACAUGAAGAUGAAGAAAACCAAAGAAAAAAGGCGGGAAGGUGUGAGUGGGCGGUGACAUUGUCUGAGCUUUGAAAGUGAAGUUUUGUUGGUGCUUUUAUAAAAAACUUUAGUUUGAUGUAAAAAGUUUUAAACUGAAUGAAAUUAUUUCACUCGACUUCUGAGCAGAAAGAAAAUGUUUGAAGUUCAGGUUUUAUUGUAUUUGCUGAGUUUUCUGUAUCAAACCUAAUAAUUUUGGUUUUGAGCUGAUGAUUUUAUCAUUUGUGAUUUCAGACUUGAACGUGCACUGAUCUCCAGUCAUAAAAGUAUUUAUUUUGUUUAGUUCAAAUCAAAAAACAUAGAACCUGGAGCUGAAGAUCGUAACAAGUCAGAAUGUUCACAAACUCAUUGUAUUUUCACUUUUCACGCUGCAAUAUCUUUGAAAAGGUUUUAAAAUGUUACAUGGAGCAGAAAGUGAUGUCCUAACAACACAGGCUGCAGUGACUCAGUCAACCUUAAAGAGAAGCAACGCUCGUUGUCAAUCAUCAGAUGAAAUUAAUGAGGGCUGAGAUCUAUUUUGCUUCAGGUCGUUUGUUAAGAUUAAUUUGAUCAGUGACACGUUUCGUGCUGUGACACUGCAUGAGAUGUUAUUGAUUGUUCAUGGAAUAUUUUUUUGGUUUUGUUGAUGUUUACAGGGUCUGACAAAAUAUAUUGUAAAAAAAAUAACAUAAAG